UUGGAGAUGUGGCUGUAGACUUUUCCCAAGAGGAGUGGGACUGUCUAGAUUCUUCUCAAAGGCACCUAUACAGUAAUGUGAUGCUGGAGAACUACAGUGUCUUGGUAUCACUGGUACCUUGCUUUUCUAAGCCAAGUGUGAUAUUAUUGUUGGAACAAGGGAAAGAGCCCUGGAUGGUGAAGAGAGAGCUGACGAAAGGCUUGUGCUCAGGCUGGGAAUCUGUGUGUGAGAUUGAAGAAUUAAUCCCAAGGCAGGGUCUUUCUGAUGAGCAAUCAUCCAGGAAGAUAACAGAUAAACUUCCAAGUUAUGGCUUUGAGUACUCCAGUUUGAGAGAAGAAUUGAAAUGUAAGGACCACUUUGAGAGGCAAUCAGGAAACCAGAAGGCAGGUUUAAAGGAAGAGAAAAUCACUUAUGAAGAAGGUCUUGUUGAUGCAAGACAACAGGAAUAUAAAAAAUCUUGGGAAAGUUUCCCUCAAAACACGCUGCUUCGUACACAACAAAUAAUCCCCAAAGAGGAGAAAGUACGUAAAUAUAACAUGCAUAAGAAAAGCUUUAAAAAGACUGUAAUGACCAUUAAGCCAAAGACUGUCUAUGCUGGAAAGAAAUUUUUGAAGUGUAAUGACUGUGAAAAAGUCUUCAGCCAGAUCUCAUCCCUUACUCUUCAUAAAAGAAUUCAUACUGGAGAAAAGCCCUAUAAAUAUGUAGAAUGUGGGAAAGCCUUCAGUCAGAUAUCAAAUCUUGUUCAGCAUCACAGGAUUCAUACUGGAGAAAAACCCUAUGAAUGUAAGGUAUGUAGGAAAGCCUUUAGCCAGUUUGUCUACCUAGCUCAACAUCAGAGAGUUCACACUGGAAAGAAACCCUAUGAGUGUAUUGAAUGUGGGAAAGCCUUUAACAAUAGAUCAUCCAUUGCUCAACAUCAGAGAGUUCAUACUGGCGAGAAGCCUUAUGAAUGUAAUGUCUGUGGGAAAGCAUUUAGCCUUCGUGCAUACCUUACUGUCCAUCAGAGAAUACAUACCAGAGAGAGACCCUAUGAAUGUAAGGAAUGUGGGAAAGCCUUCAGCCAGAAUUCACACCUUGCUCAACAUCAAAGAAUUCAUACUGGAGAAAAACCUUAUAAAUGUCAAGAGUGUAGGAAAGCCUUCAGCCAGAUUGCCUAUCGUGCUCAGCAUCAAAGAGUUCAUACUGGAGAGAAACUCUAUGAAUGUAUAAAAUGUGGGAAGGCUUUUAGCAAUGACUCAUCCCUUACUCAACAUCAGAGAGUUCAUACUGGAGAGAAACCUUAUGAAUGUAAUGUUUGUGGAAAGGUGUUUAGCUAUUGUGGAUCCCUUGCCCAACAUCAGUGAACUCAUACUGGAGAGAGACCUUAUGAAUGUAAGGAGUGCAAGAAAACAUUCAGGCAGCAUGCACACCUCGCUCAUCAUCAGAGAAUUCAUACUGGGGAGUCACUCCCACCACCCAAUCCAGCAAAUCACCAAGUUCUAUAA